UGGUUGCUGUUAAGAACCACCCUUAAAAUACCCUAAACUGGAAAAAUCUUAGGACGAAAAAGGACAAUAUCGAAAUAUUUUAAAACCAUCAAAUAUAAAUGAAUACAGGCUAUGAUUUUUUAAAUUUGUAAUAAACUUUUGGCAAUCUUGAGAAGUUUUACAGAAAACAAAAUGUUUAAAAGUAAGCAAGAAGGAAGUCUGGUGUACAAAUGUACAGUUCGUUUGCUGGAUGAUUCUGACGUACUAGAAUGUGAAUUUCAGGCGUUCCACAAAGGAAUUUAUUUAUUGGACUACUUAUGUGGUGAAUUGAAUAUAAAAGAGAAAGACUACUUCGGCUUGCGAUAUGUUGAUGCGUCGAAACAAAGACACUGGCUAGACAUGGCCAAGACUUUAAUAAAGCAAAGUAAGGAACUGGAUCCCAUUUUAUUCUCAUUAAGAAUAAAAUUUUACCCCGCUGAUCCAUUUCGUCUAACUGGGAUCUCUCGAAUUAUGUUGUAUAAGCAAUUAAAAAGAGAUUUAAGACACGGACGUUUGUACUGCUCCUUUGGUGAAGCUGCCGCGUUGGGUGCUUUAAUUGUACAAGAGGAACUUGGAGACUAUAGUGAGAAAAUCCAUAUAGGCGACUAUGUUUCGUCACUUGAAUUGGCACUGCGUCAAACGGAAAAUCUCGAAAAGAAAAUAGUUGAACUCCACAAAAAGCGAGAGGCGGGUCAGGAUUGUAUCUUAGCUAUUUAUGACUUUCUGGGUAUAGCUCGCACACUGGAAACAUAUGGAAUUGAACCCCAUCCUGUUAAAGACCACCGUGGAUCUCAACUUUAUAUUGGUAUUAAUAAUUCGGGUAUAAGCACAUUCAUUGCAGGCAAACGCUCACAGCAUUUCCGUUGGAAUGAAGUGCAUAAGAUUAACUUUGAAGGAAAAAUGUUUAUAGCACAUUUAAGUUAUACUGAUGCAAGCCGUGAACCUAAAAAGCACACUGUUGGAUUUAAAUGUCCUACGGGUGCUGCUUGUCGCUAUUUGUGGAGAUGUGCAAUUGAACAAAUGCUGUUUUUUACACUACCCAAUAGUGAAAAUGCAGCUGUCGUUUCUGGUGGAGGUUUUUUCUCUUGGGGUACAAAAUUUCGAUACACUGGCCGAACUGAGCGGGAAAUACUUACUGAAAACAUAAAUGCAUUGCGUGAGCAAAAAAUAACUGGUUCAAGUUCGAGUAAGCGAAAGGCGAGCAGUGUUCCAGCCACUCCUUCUAGUCCCCAGGGAGAAUUAUCACAAAUACGUUACAGUAGCUUACCUCGUUCAACAAUGUCUGAACCGUUGGGCUCCUCAAUUGUACCAAUUAAUCGCAAUCAUGUUUUUGGUGCUCAUACGCAGGAUCAGAGCACUUGCUUAAUCGAUAGUAAUGGAUGUAUACAAAUGCCUAUUUUAGAGCCCGUUUGCGAGGAGGCUCGUUUACGUUCGUCCAACAUUGAGAGUGUAAACUAUUUUUCAAAACCGUUCACUGGAUUUCCUUACAGAGAAUUGACCGAACAUUCUUCCACUGAAAGCGGUAGUGGAUAUGAUCAGGCCAGAAAACAUAAAGAAAAUAUAAAACAAUACACUUGCUACGCGCCCAAACUGUGCUAUUCACUACCUAAUCCUAACUCGAAUUCAUCAGCUGGUAUGACAGCCACUAAAAAUGUUGAUAAUUUUUCAGACAUCCAUAAAAAUGCAAUUCAUGGUGUGAAAACAUUUCGUAAAUUUCAUUUACUGCAUGCCUUCAUUCCAUCGGUUAUUUUCGUAGCUUUCGCGAUGGCUGGCACAGCUGUAUUUAUAAUGGAGUCCGAGUCAGAUCUAUUUGAGCAAAUACGCAAUUCUCCUGAAAUGAUUUGCCUACGCUUCCAAUAUUAUCAACCUUUAAAAAAUUUUUUUUUAGAGAAGCUUGGUAUAUAGAUUAAGUUAAUUGCUAAUCAGGAAGAACGUUUUUAGUUCGAUUAAAGCUUUAGCAUAUAUUAAUCAAAGGUAUACAAUUAUGCCGUUAUAUUUAUCGUAAUGAAGUUUAAGUCCUUACAUUUAUUUUUGUAGACCAG